AUGGAAGGAACAUCGUCAUCCAUCCAGGCAGUGUGGCGAUGUUCUUGUUUAUUUUAUUUGCUUUUUCUUCUGUCUUUUGUUUUUGUGAGCCUAAAUAGGUGUCUACUUGAUUUGUACAUAAUUAUUUAGCAGCCACAAUGGAACAAGCUAUUCUCCCGGAUGUGGGUGAAUUCGAGGAGCAGGAACUCCUGUAUUUUAUCUUUUGCGAAUUCACAAGCCACAUCGAGUUCAAAUUGUGGAGAGACUAUAUGAAGAAGCAAUUGCUGGACGAUAAUCUGGAACUUGUGGAGGAAAUGCUGGAGGAUAUCUGCCCACCAAAGGUUCGUCCCUGCCGCAUCUGUUUCAACCCACUCGCCUGGUUGCGCCGAGAGACGGAGGAGAAUGAAAUUGAGUGGCGAUGUGGCUUCUGCACACUUUCCCAACCCAUCCUACAGUGCAAUUCCGCAGAGGCCUGCAAUGUUCUCAUAAAUCUAAUUAUUAGCAACAAGAUACAUCCGCAGAUACUUGCUUCAGCGCUCAGCUUUAUCUUUUCGGCUGCAUAUAAUUUUAUUGGGAUUUCCUCACCAAUGGACGCUGAUGAUCCAAUCCAGACCCUCCUGUCUAUGUAUGAGAAAUCACCAACUGCCUUAGGUCUCGGGGGGCCACACACCGUUGUCUUUGCUGAUAUCUACCACGAUACUAGUCAAACCAUCCGGUUCCGUGGGGAAUCAACUUCUGAUACGUCCUUUCCCAUACUCUACCUCGCCGACACCGUUGCCAUCCCGACUAGGUUCUUUCUUCAUCCACUGAAAUACCUCCAUAAUUCUAUUGAAACAUCUAGUAGUGAUGAGAAGCCACUUGUGCAGGAGCUUUCGCACAUCGCAAACUCUGUGAUAAAAUCGGGAAGUAAUUUGGUGCUCGGUCCCCAUUUACAGGAGCUUAUCUCACCGGACACAUACACCAAUAGGCCCCAUAAUCUAGAAGCAAUUGUGACUCUGGAGUCACUGCGUUCGCACGCUCUAGAUUCGGAUCAGGAUGUCUGGGAGAAUAGUCACGACAUGAUGUUUCCGGCCAUGAGGAUAUGCAACCGAGUUAAUGUACUCCUAACUAGUGCCCAUAGACGCAAGCCAAAGUCUCGCGAUGAGUACUACGCGGCGUUGCAGAGCUACCUCACGAGCGCUAUAUGGCUCAAAACGUUCGUCAAUACACCGUUUGAGACACUCCUUUACUCCGUCCUCGGCCACUCUGGUGGUCUACGGUAGAUCUUCAAUAGAGUUUGGAUUAAUGGUUCUCUGAAUUGUUCCUCAUCUCGAAAUUACCCAAAUAUGUUCUCAUCAGUCGUACCAAAGUUACACGUGGGAACCACAAUGUCUCGGAAAAAUCUAUCCUUGGAAAGGAAAUGUUAAUUUAUUUAUUUUUUCUUUUGUUCUCAAUAUAAAUCAAAAUGUAAUUCAAAUGUGCCUUCAAAAUUAUACCAUAUAAAAGUAAAAUAAAGCGUAAAGUCGCUAUAAAUAACUUAUAAA